AUGGGCAGCGACGAGUGGGCGAGACAACGAAAAGACAACCACAAAGAGGUUGAGCGACGGCGCCGCAGCAAUAUCAACGACGGCAUCAACGAGCUCGGGCGCAUCGUGCCUAAUUCGUCGGGCGAAAAGGCGAAAGGCGCGAUCCUGCACCGCGCGGUGCAGUACAUCCACCACCUCAAGGAGAACGAGGCGCGCAAUAUCGAGAAGUGGACGCUCGAGAAGCUGCUUAUGGACCAGGCGAUGGGCGACCUGCAGGCGCAGCUCGAGGAGGUGCGCAGGCUGUGGGAGCAGGAGCGUACCGCGCGCCAGAGGCUCGAGGGCGAGCUCGAGGUCCUGCGUGGUGGUCCUGCGGACGCGGAUGGUGCCGCCGCUGGGGCUGGGAAUGCUACCGCCACUGCUGCUAAGAGCCGAUCCGGGAGCGUGGAGAAUAGCUCGCAGCAGAAGGACGGGGAGGCAGCCGUGGAGGGGGACGGCACGCUGGAGCGGCCGGGGAAGCGGACUCGCACCGAGUGA